UGGAACAGGAAAUGGUUAAUAGUGUUUGCAAAUAAAAACUUUCUGUUCUAUCCUGUUUUUGAAGCAUUUCCCAGAAGUUAAAAAAGAACACCUAAUUUAUCUGCCCAUUUUAAGAACCAAAUUUUAAAAAUGUGAACAAACUACUACACCAUUUACUGCGCACAAGAAUGAAGGGAGUUGGGUGUUUGUGAGGGUAGGAGGGUCACAGGAGAUUUCCAGGUCCCCUCACUUUCUAAACUUUCUAGAAUGCUGUUCGUUGUUUAAAUGUGGACUUUUAUCUUAAAUUUCCGAAUGCGCUUGUGUGUGUGUGUGCGUACGUGCUCCCGUGUGUGUGUGUGUGCUGUGUGUUCACAGGCGUGUGUGAGACACGGUUCACGUGAACGCGUCCCUGACCUCUGAUGGUGGACGCCACUCGGGCUCCUUGCUGGCCACCGGCAUGUAGACGUGGACGAGGGAGGGGCCCUGUCCUGCCCUGCACGCACCUGCUCAUUUUGAUGGAGAAACGAAACCUAACUGUCUACUAGUUUGAGGAAAUCGCACUGUCAAACCAACUGUUUGCCAGUUUUUUAUUUUUUCUCUUGCAAAAUCACCACAUGGCCGAUUGGUUAUGGCAGACACACUCCCGGCAAAUACGUCUGUGGCCAAUGUGCCAGCCACACACGCACAGCCUCAUGGGUCCCCAGGCCCCUGGUCUGUCCCUUCUUUGUCCAGGGUGGUCUCUGCUCCUUGCAGGGCAAGCCCCCAUCCCACCGAGGCUUGGAGGACGUGACUGGCCCCCGCCUGGCAGCAGCCGGGGGGACGCCAGGGCAAGGAACUUGGGGGCACUGGGAAGAGCCUGUAGGAGCAGAUGCCGCUGCCUGCCUGCGGCCCAGGAUGCCCGCCCUGCCCGCCUGCUGGGGGCUGGGGUCUGCGCGGGCAGCGUGUCCCUGGAGGUGUACAACUUCUGCUGGUGUUUGGAGGAGGGCAGGGGUGAACCCAGCAUGAUUAUUGCCACUCGGAUUUUCUCUCCUGGCCUGUCUGUCUCUCAACUUUUCUCCCUCCAGGCACACGAGGUGGGGUCCUGCCGACAGAGCAAACCAGCCAGCCAGCCAGCUGGCCUCCAGCUUAGACUCCUUUGCUGUGCUGUCCUGCCCCAAAGCAGGUACUUCUCUGGUCCAGCCUCGCAGUGAGUGGCUUUGGGGGAACCUGCCCAGGCCACGCCCAGGCCAAGAGGGGGACAGAUGCUCUGAGCUCUGAGAUCCACUCCCUCGGGGCUGCCCAGGGGUGAGGCCCUGCCUUCCAGCCCCCUUCUCACAAAGCUGAACUCAAGAUGAGUGCCAGGCAGGCAAGAGAGGGUCCGUCGGGGAGAGGAGAGCGCCGUCUCUGUCAGACGGAUAUCACAUCACUGAGAGAUCGAAGAAGUUUCAGAAAUGCGAAACAUGAUGGGAACAUCAAGUCACGUGCCAGGAUUAGCUGCAGACUGGGCGAGCAGAGAAUUCGUCAGCCGUCGAGAAGGGGAAAGGAUUGCUCUGACUGAGUGCAGAGACAAACCCGGUUGCCAUGGAGACUGGAUGGCUGUCAGGACAGCGAUUGGCUGGUGAGGGUGCAGGAUGUGGGAUCCCAGGGCUUCCUUGGAGCCCGAGCUGGUGCAGCCAGCAGACUGCACUGCGGAGCCCGGCGCCAGCAUGGACGGGGUGGACGUGUGGGCCAGCACCUUGGCCCAGCUGAUGGCCAAGAGGAAACCCCAGGACACCUGGGAGCUGCUGCCUGAGGAGAACCUGGCCUCCGGGCACAUGGAGAGUGGCGGUUUUCAGUACCGGCUGAGGGGGCUUUCCAGGCUGCAGUGUGGCCGCUGCCAGUGGGGCUGGUCCUCGGCGCACGUGCACAUCCUCUUCCACGUGUGGUUCCACCCGGCCAGCUGCCUGGGGCUGGUGAAGAUGCGCCUCUGGGGCCAGCGCUGCCGACUGUGCCCGCCGGGCUCCCAGGGGGCCUGCCAGGUGAGUCUCCUGAACGUGCGGCUCUUCCUCAACAAGCUGGUUCUGUUCAUCCUGCAGAAGUGCUACGGGGAGGGCCUCAGCGCGGACCAGUGCCCCGAGGUCUGCUUCGGCGAGCGCUGCGAGGCCUGCGACCUGGGGGUCUGCUUCUUCCAGAAGCCCCCAGACCCGGCCUGGGGGCCCGAGGUCCAGAGCCCCGGCUCCAUUAAGGGCAGGUACACCUUGUACGGGGGUGACGGCGUGGCCUCGGCCGCUGCCGGCAAGCAGCUGCUCAGCCUUGGCAGCGGGCCCGUGGUCGACCGCUCCCGGGGCUACACCCCCAACUCUAUCAGCAUCCCCCUGUCCGUGUCCGACUUUAUCAGGAACCCCGUGUCCGAGAGCAGCAACUUCUUUGAGCGCGACGACGACAUAGUCACGGUUCCUUUCUCCCUUGUGGAUGCGGGCAGGGACAGGGGGCCCGGUGCCGAUGCCAGGGGCGGUGUCGGCCCCAGGGGGGGCUCCCUCCCGGCGGCUGACCCCCGCGGGCCGCUCGUCAUUGGUAGGGGCUCCAUCUACUUGCCUGCCAAGCCCACGGCCCCGCCCAAGGGCAAAGGGCUCCCGGUGAACUUCAAGAGCCCCAUCUUCCACGGCCGAGGCCUCCUCAUCAACAGCAUCAGGCCCUUCCAGCUCAAAGGCUUCAUCUUCAAGGGCCGGGGCUCCAUCCCCAGCCCCACUGACACCGACCCGGGCGACCGGGGCCCUGCGGGGAGCAGCCGGUUGCCAGUGUCCUACAUCGUCGGCCUCACGGAUGACGGAGAGGGCUCCGUCACUUUCCCCUCGUCUUUGGCCAACAUCGUCAUAGAGGAGGACUCCUUCCCCAUCGUCAACGGCUCCGUCACCUUCCCCUUCAUCUUUACUGACGAAGGCACAGGCAAGGGUGCUUCUGCGGGCGUCACCCAAGGCAAAGAGGAGGGGGGCGGCGGCCAGGGCCCCGCCGUCGCUGGCCGGGAGCCCCCGCGGGGGCCCCACGCCCGCAGACCCGUCACCAUCAGCGAGGGCUCCGUCACCAUCCCCUUCUCGGUCUUCAACAUCAUAAAGUGUGUGGGCCCCAGCUCCACCGCCAGCGGCUCCCCGAGGGGUGGCCUGGCCCCCCGUGGCCAGUCCCAGAAGAGGAGGCGGCCGCGGGCCAGGCUGGGCAGGUCCUGCCCCGAGCCCGGCUGGGAGGAGGACUUGUGCCCCGAGGACGGCUGCUGCAGGCCCUGCUUCGACCCCUACGAAGAAGUGUGGAUCUGGGUGUCCAUGACCGUCUGCAUCCUGUGGAUUAUGUACCUGUACAAGUUCAGCCCCUGACGGCCAGGGUGAGGCCGACGCCCCCCGUCCAGUCCCCGCUGCGCCCCUCCAGCAGGGCCGCCCAGGCCGCAGAGCAAUGGGACCCCCGCCCCUGUCUGCACCCCCGGGCCCCCUGCCCCCCCUCCCUGCCCUCCCUGAGCUGAGUCCUCUGACAGCUGGUCCUUACCCUUCCCUCCCCUUCCCACUUCCGUGUGUGU